AACAUAGGUUUUAUAUCGUGUGAAAAACGUAAACAAGAGUAUGUCGCAAAAUUAGCAGAACAAUGUAGCUGUGACAUUGUUCCAUAAAGAUGAUUUAGUAUCUUCUUAUUAUCUACCAUCCUACGGCUAGGAAAUUUAUAUUUCCCAUAAACAGAACUUUAAAUAUGCUGCUAGAAACUGAAAAUGAUACGAAAUUGUCAUGGCGACGACUACAUUUAAGUCGAGCGAAACUCAAAGCUUCAAGCAGAACUUCGGCGCUUUUAGCUGGUUUUGCAAUGGUUGCAAUGGUUGAAAUCCAGCUUAGCCAUGAUGUGCCUGAAGAACUCCUAAUAGCUUUCUGUGUGUGUACCACUUUAUUGGUUGCUGUACAUAUGUUGGCUCUUUUGAUAUCUACAUGUAUCCUUCCCCAUGUUGAAGUUGUUACUAGCACACCUUGUUCAAUCACAGAGUCACCUCAUGAGAAAUUGCAUUAUUAUAUUGAAACUGCUUGGGCAUUUUCUACUGUGUUUGGCAUUUUAUUGUUUUUGCUUGAAAUAGCUCUUCUCUGUUGGGUGAAAUUUUAUGAAUAUAGUUUUGCAGCUGCUUGGAGUACUACUGUUGUAUUGAUACCUGUAGUUAUUCUGUUACUGGCUUUUGCUAUCCAUUUUUACAGAAAAUUAGUUGCCCAUAAGUAUGAACUAUCUAAACAUGGUUUAAGGGAAUUGGAAUCAUUGGCCAAUCGUCUUCAUAAUGAUAAUUCUGACAAAAUAUCAGAUCAUUCUGUUCUCACUAUCUAAAGGAAUCCAAUUAAAAUAUUAAUUCUGAAGAACUUAACCUUAUACAGUACCUUUUCUUUCUUUCUUUUUUUUUGUAUAAAUUUUUAUUUUGUCAUAUGUUAUGGGUUCAAAUUUAGAAAUUUCUGUUUAAAGAAAUGCUGUCUUUAAAUAAUUUAGAUGUUUAUUUUUUUUCCAGGUGUUUUUUUGACUCAUCUAUGUGAUUAUGAAAUAGUUACUUAUUUUUUAGCACUCCUUUUUUUAAAAAUCUGAAUACAUAUUUUUUAUUCAAAAACUAAUUAUAUGCUGAUAAUGUUCUGUCAGUCACAAGCACCAUUUAAAUUCCUUCAGAGGCGAUAUAAUUGCUGUGAUUACAAUCAAGAUUAGUAAUUCUGAUCUCAGUGAAGAUCUGUUUCUAUUGUUUAAAUAAAAAAAAUGGAAUUUUUAGCUGUUUGAAGCCUAAAGUAUGUAUGGAACCUGAUGUUACUGUAGGAUGUCAGUGGAAUGGAAUGCUUAGAUUAAUAUCAAAGCUUUAUCAAAUUUUAAAAAGUAAUUUAACAUUUUAAAACUAAUUUAACAUUUGUCAUUAAAAUAAUUUUUUAGCAUUUUAUUUAUCUUAUGAAUUUUUUUAAUGUUUCACCAUAGAGUAUAAAGAUCUCAAUUUUUUUUUUAAUAUCUUGAUUUUCAGUUAUCCUUUAACAUUUCAUUUCUAGUUUGUGAUUAUAAAAUCAACUACAUGAUUAUAUUUUAAAGCAUUUUUUUUUUAAAAUUACAUUUGAGUCAGAUUUAUUUAUUUUAUAAAAUUAAGCAUUUAACAAGCUAAGAAAAAUCAUGAGUCUGAAUUAUGUUGAAAUAAAAUUGCUAAACAGCUGUUUAUUAAAUUAUCCAUUUUUAAUCAACAUAACCAGUCUAGUCUUUUUAAAGUAAUGACUAUUUUUAUAAUAUAUUUUAGGAAAAAUGAUAAUUUAUUUCUUAUUUCAUCAAAUGCAUAUUUAUUGCUUUAUUUUCAAAAAAUUCAAAUGCAACAAUUGAAAUUUAAAAAUUAAGGAGAUGGUAUGAAAUAUAUAUAUGUAUAUAGCAUGCUGCCAAUGCAUUUUGUUGUGUAGAAAUACAAAGAUAAACUGAUGCCAUCCGUCCAUUUUAAAUAAUCAUAAUUAGAAUGCUAUUAAAUUUAUACACAUCCCUUUCUCUGUGAAAUUUGGGGAUUCAACAAUUUAAUAUUUUAUUAAGAAUUUUAAAUGGAAUUAUAUUUUUUAGUCUUUUUGAAUGCAAUUCAAACGUAUGUUUCCAGCCCUGUGGUUGCUUUUUUGGUAAUGUGUAGAGACAAAAUGUGUGUUGUGUAUGUAUUUUCUUUUGCUUUUUAUUGUCUGAUGUUGCAAUCUAUUUAUUAGAAAGAAUCCAUGCAAUACACUUGAUCCAUCUUAUUCUGUCUUUGCAGUUUAUGCUCUGCAUUUCUCAAUCACACUUAGUACUUUUUUGAAAAAUGUUAAUGAAGUAAUUUGUUGUAAUAUUCUAGAGCUUUCCCCCUUGUUUAUGUUAAAAAACUUUUUUUUAAUGCUCCCAAUGAUAUAUAAAUAAGUUGGAAAGUAAUUUCAAAUGAUGAAGGGUUAUGUUAAAUAUUAAAUUCUUGUAGCUUUUUUUGAAAAGUUUUAUGAAAUGUUUCAAGUCAGGAUGUUCUGAAUUAUUUUUGAGAUCUAUGUUAGCCUGUUGGCAGAGCAUUUGUUUCAGGUAUGAAGGUUUAUGAAUGCAGUAUCCAAUUAUUUCACUAAAAAUAAUAUGUCAUGUUCAUGGAACUGGUGCUUGUCAAAUAUAUUGGGGUGAAAAUAUUUUAUGUUUGUCAUUGUUUGGAACUUUUGUAUGGAAAUUCUCGAUUAAAUGUUACUUUUAUCAUGUGUCCAUAGUUUUAAAUUCAUAUGAAAAUAACCUCUGUGAUGACUCAAAAUAAUAUAUUUAACUAAUUUUAUAUAAAUAGAACUGAGCUAUGCAUGUUUAGUAAUAUUGAACAGGAAUAAAUAUUGACGCCCUGCUGAGCUAGGGUUCAUUCAUAUUACCAGAAUAUCUUAUGAAAAGGAGAAUAACAACUCUACUUUUCUAAAUUUUUUUCAGUCUUCUUAAGUGGAUUGUUUAGUUAUUAUGCUGAACAUUGAUAGUUAGUGACAUUUUAACAAUAAAGUGAUUAUUUGUUCAUAAAAUGUUAUUUUUGAUAUUUUUAAACUAAUUUGAAAAACAUUUUUAAAGACACAAAUAUUUAAAAAGAAAAAGAGUGAUUAGUUUUUGGUUAAUAUUAAAAUAAAAUGAAUUUUAUAAAUUUUUUUAAAAUGUUGUGCAAACAAACAUGUAUAAAAUGUACAAUGUAUGUAUAUGUACAUAAAAUAUAUUUUAAAUAUAUAUAUUGUUGAUGAAUUAUAUUUUGUUGGUCAGAAUUUUGAGAAUUAAUAGUAAUAUAUGUCUUUUCUAGAAAUAUAUUUUUAUUUAUUUCUGAAAAUAUUAAUGAAUUAUUUUAUUAUAUAAUAAGUUCAUUUUUUUAAAAAAAAUCUCCCUAUGAAGCAUUUAUUAUUUCUAUUUUUAUUAUUUAAAAAUUUUAUGAUUUUAUCUUUAUACCAAAGAUUAAUAUAAAAAUGUGUUCAUUAAAGAUGUAAAGAAAUUCGUUGGCAUGUGAAGAUGUCUCAACAUUUAUAUGUUUUUUAAUGUACAAAUGUAGAUACUAAAUUAAAAAGCAUGUAUUAUUGCUUUAUAUCUAUGCUGUGAUUUUUUUACACAUUAUUCAACUUAAUUAAAAUAUAUUAAUAGAUAAUUUUAUGUUCAAAAAAUAAUUUUUAGGU